AGCCGGGAGGGGUUUCCACUGGGCUGGACAGCUGCGUCUCUGCCAACCCAGACGAGGCAGGUGCCAGACCCAAUUCCUGCUCUCUCUGCAGCUCCAGAGAGGGGGUGGAGCUGGUGGGUCUCUGUGCCAGCCGGGGGCUGAAAUCAAUGCAUCGAGCUGGUCCCUGGGAUCCAGAGAGCAAAGGAGGGCAGGCUCUGACCCACCCCCGCUUAAGGACCUAGCCUCGGGAGAAACUCUGAGGCAGAUCUCUCGGGUGACCCCCCACUUCAAUUCAUCAACUUGGAGGGACGCUCCCAUGAAGAUCUGGGCCAGGCCCUACUUUCUCCUGGAAAAGAGCAUGAAAGGAACAUUCUUCAGCAAAGAACAUGAAAAUGAUACCACUUGCCCGUCCUCUCCUUUGCAGCCGGCUCACCAAGAUGCUCCAGCCCCGAUGCUGCCAAGUGUGCUCUGUGCCAGGACGGUGGCUGCGCCUGGGGACCAGGGGAGGGGGCCGGGGACCCUCUAGGCUGGUGGCCGCCGGUGGUCCUAGAGCCCUCUGCCUGCCCUCUGGAGAGCCUUAAACCUCCCAGGAGAGGGAUGACCGGCUCUGCUGGGUGGUAGGAGAAGUGGGGGAGGGUGCCGGAUCUGUUCCCCUCAGGGGCCCGCAGACAGCACAAUAGCCCCUGGGGCUGCUGCUCUCUGGCUUAAGUGGUUGCCUGGGCAACAGCUGGGGCCAGUUUCCACCAAUCCAUGGCAGAGGCUGGGUGGGGGGAGGGAAGCUGGCCGGGAAAGGGGGGGUGCCGUCCCCUUGAGCUGGAUCGUAUAUAAGGAGGAGGGAUGUGAGCAGAGUGGUCUGGGCUUUGCAGUCCCUCCAGUGGGCUUGGAGGCCGGGCACAAAGAUGCUUAGGCUGGGCUUCGCCAAGCCUGGGUCCUGGGCCAGCUUCUGGGCCAUCCUGACCUUGGUAGGCCUGGCUACUCGUGCAGCCCACAAAGCUGAUGUCGGCGGGGAGUCAACAGGCACCUCCAUCAACCACUCCCAGAUGCUACUGCAACGCUUACAAGAGCUGCUGCGGCAGGGCAAUGCCAGCGACGUGGUUGUGCGGGUGCAGGCUGCGGGCACCGACGAGGUCCGAGUCUUCCACGCCCACCGCCUGCUGCUGGGACUGCACAGCGAGCUGUUCCGGGAGCUGCUGAGUAACCAGAGCGAGGUGGUUUUGCAGGAGCCCAGGGACUGUGCUGCCGUCUUUGACAAGUUCAUCAGGUACCUCUACUGCGGUGAGCUGACCGUGCUGCUGGCGCAAGCCAUUCCCCUGCACAAGCUGGCCACCAAGUACGGGGUGGCCUCCCUGCAGCGGGGCGUGGCCGACUACAUGCGCGCGCACCUGGCGGGCGGCGCGGGCCCGGCGGUGGGCUGGUACCACUACGCGGUGAGCACCGGGGACGACGCCCUGCGCGAGAGCUGCCUGCAGUUCUUAGCCUGGAACCUGUCGGCGGUGGCGGGGAGCGCCGAGUGGGGCGCCGUGAGCCCCGAGCUGCUGGCACAGCUCCUGCGGCGCUCGGACCUGGUGCUGCAGGACGAGCUGGAGCUAUUCCACGCGCUGGAGGCGUGGCUGGGCCGUGCGCGGCCGCCCCCCGCGGUGGCCGAGCGGGCGCUGCGCGCCAUCCGCUACCCCAUGAUCCCGCCUGCGCAGCUGUUCCAGCUGCAGGCGCGCUCGGCCGCCCUGGCGCGCCACGGCCCGGCGGUGGCCGACCUCCUGCUGCAGGCCUACCAGUUCCAUGCCGCCUCGCCGCUGCACUACGCCAAGUUCUUCGACGUCAACGGCAGCGCCUUUCUGCCCCGCAACUACCUCGCGCCCUCCUGGGGCGCCCCGUGGGUCAUCAACAACCCGGCCCGCGACGACCGCAGCACCAGCUUCCAGACGCAGCUGGGUCCGAGCGGCCACGACUCCGGCCGCCGGGUCACGUGGAACGUGCUCUUCUCGCCGCGCUGGCUGCCCGUCAGCCUGCGGCCGGUCUACGCGGACGCCGCGGGCACCGCGCUGCCCCUCGCGCGCCCGGAGGAUGGCCGGCCGCGGCUCGUGGUCACGCCGGCCAGCAGCGGCGGCGACGCGGCGGGCGUGAGCUUCCAGAAGACGGUGCUGGUGGGGGCGCGCCAGCACGGCCGCCUGCUGGUCCGCCACGCCUACAGCUUCCACCAGAGCAGCGAGGAGGCCGGCGACUUCCUGGCGCACGCCGACCUGCAGCGGCGCAACUCCGAGUAUCUGGUGGAGAACGCCCUGCACCUUCAUCUCAUCAUCAAGCCAGUCUACCACACCCUCAUCCGGACCCCCAAGUAGCCAGGCCGGGCUGGGGAUGAGUUGCUCGGCGUCCCUGACGCCUCUGGAUCCGGAAAUAAAGGCUCAGCAUAGAUGGUCCAGAGGGACUGGGAGUGGCAUGGCCAGUGGCCAGGCACUGGCAGCUUUGGAGCCUGGUGGAAUCCAGGUGAGGGGUGGUAGACCAGAUGCCUGGUUUCAGGAGCUGAUUUCAAGCUGACUUGAAAGUGAUGCUCUUGGUAGAAUAAACCGAUGCUCAGAGA